AUGAAAUAUUUAUCCAUUUUCUUACUUGCAACUUUUGCUUUGGCUGGCGAAGCACCAAUUUCAACUGACUCCAAAUACAGCAAACCAUUAAUUGCUAAGUUUGAAAAGACAUCUAGAUCUAACAUUGAAGGUACCAUCAAAUUUGAACCUGCCAAGAACGGUACUGUUUUUGUCAGUGUUGAUUUGAAAGGAUUACCAUCUGAUAUUGGUCCAUUCCCAUAUCAUGUCCAUGAAAAGCCCGUGCCAGAAUCUAAAAACUGUACUGCUACCGAGAACCAUUUCAACCCCUACAAUGGUACUCUUAGGGCUGCUACUCCUGCUGCUUAUGAAGUUGGUGAUUUAGCUGGAAAACAUGGAGAUAUUACUGGUGAGUCCCACAAAGCUGAAUAUAAUGACCCAUACAUUUCAUUGAACGAAAACAGCAGAUCUUAUAUUGGUGGUUUAUCAAUUGUGAUCCAUGCCAACAAUAACACUAGAUUGAACUGUGCUAAUAUCACUUUGCUUGAUGAAGGAAAUAGCACUUCUAACACAACUAUGUCAAAUUCAUCUUCUUCAUCAUCUCAAAGUUCAGUCAACACUUCUUCUAACAUGGCUUCAACUGCUGCUCAAGGUAAUAAUGCUGACAGAGCAGGAAUCAAUGGUUUCUUGGCGGCUGGUGUUGCUGGUGUCAUUGCUGCAUUGAUUUAA